GUGGAAGGUGAAGCUGGUCAAAGAUGGCGGUGCGGUUAUUGCUGCAACAACAGCUGGGUUCUGUCAAGAGUUUUCCAUCGGUGUUGUGGUCUUGCAAAAAUAAGCAUUUACAGUAUCGGUUUUUCUGUUUGAAAGCUGUUUCUCAAGGAGAGUCCUUGGGACAGGAUAUUGUCUGUCGUCGCUGUGAAUUUAAAAGGCUGUGUUAUGUUUCCAUCAGGUCCUCUUGUCACCAAGGCAGAGAUCCCAUUUUCAAGAGUUUCUUGUCUCGUCCACUAACUCAUCAAUUCCAAGGAUUUAAUAGAAUACAGACUUUAAAGCAGUUGACACAAGACCCAACAAGAAUUUUCCAGAUUUUAGGUGGCAUGUAUCACUUCAGCACCUCAAAACCAUCUCAAGAUCAAAAACAGAAUGAGAAAUCCAAAGGGCGAAGCUCUGAAGAAGAUGAAGAAGAGAAAAGGAGACGAGAGAGGGAGGAUCAAAUGUACAGAGAACGACUGAGGACAUUAUUUAUAAUAGCUGUUAUUAUGAGCUUGUUGAAUUCCAUCAACAGUAGUGGAGGAAAUAUCUCAUGGAAUGAUUUUGUUCAGGAGAUGUUGGCAAAGGGAGAAGUGGCCAGGGUCCAGGUUGUUCCAGAGAGUGAUAUUGUAGAAAUCUAUCUUCACCCAGGAGCUGUCGUAUUUGGUAGACCGCGGCUAGCUUUGAUGUAUCGAAUGCAAGUAGCAAAUAUCGAUAAGUUUGAAGAGAAGUUGCGGGCUGUUGAAAAUGAGCUUGGGAUUGAUGGAAAGGACAGGAUCCCCGUAUCAUACAAACGUACAGGUUUCUUUGGAAAUGCACUGUAUGCUCUAGGGAUGGCUGCAGUGGGAGUAGCCAUUCUGUGGUACAUAUUUCGGCUUGCAGGAAUGGCUGGAAGAGAAGGUGGAUUUAGUGCAUUUAAUCAGCUGAAAAUGGCUCGUUUCACUAUCGUGGAUGCAAAGUCUGGAAAAGGAGUUAAUUUUAAGGAUGUGGCAGGAAUGCAUGAGGCCAAACUGGAAGUUAACGAAUUUGUUGAUUACCUGAAGAGUCCAGAUCGUUACCUACAACUUGGGGCCAAAGUUCCAAAGGGAGCUUUAUUGCUCGGACCACCAGGAUGUGGCAAAACACUUCUGGCAAAAGCUGUUGCAUCGGAAGCUCAGGUUCCUUUCUUAGCUAUGGCUGGAUCAGAGUUUGUGGAAGUGAUUGGAGGCCUUGGUGCUGCUAGAGUACGAAGUUUGUUUAAGGAAGCCCGUACUCGUGCCCCAUGCAUUGUGUACAUUGAUGAAAUUGAUGCAGUGGGUAAAAGGCGAUCAACUAACAUGUCUGGUUUUGCUAAUACUGAGGAAGAACAAACGCUGAAUCAACUGUUAGUCGAAAUGGAUGGAAUUGGCACAACAGAUCACGUAAUAGUUCUGGCAUCAACCAACCGUGCUGACAUUUUGGACAGUGCCUUAAUGCGACCUGGUCGUUUGGACAGGCACAUAUUUAUUGACUUUCCCACAUUGCAGGAGAGGAAGGAGAUUUUUGAACAACAUUUAAAAAGUCUGAAGUUAUCACAACCAGCCAGGUUUUAUUCACAACGAUUGGCUGAGCUCACUCCGGGGUUCAGUGGAGCUGACAUAGCUAACAUUUGUAAUGAAGCAGCAUUACAUGCAGCUAGGGAAGGGGAGAAAUCUGUUGACACCUUCAGCUUUGAAUAUGCAGUGGAGAAAGUCAUAGCAGGCACUGCUAAGAAGAGUAAAAUACUCUCCAAAGAAGAACAGAGAAUAGUAGCUGUCCAUGAGUCUGGACACGUCCUCGUUGGCUGGCUUCUUGAGCAUACAGAAGCUGUUUUGAAGGUUUCUAUAGCCCCACGAACAAAUGCUGCACUUGGAUUUGCACAGAUUCUGCCCCAGGAGCAGCACCUUUUUACCAAAGAGCAGCUUUUUGAACGUAUAUGUAUGGCUUUAGGAGGACGUGUUGCAGAAGCUAUUACCUUUAAUAAAGUCACAACAGGUGCCCAGGAUGAUUUACAAAAGGUUACAAAAGUUGCUUAUUCCAUGGCAAAAUGUUAUGGGAUGGUGGAAGCAAUUGGUCAUAUAUCAUUUCCUGAUACAGAGGAGCAAGGUGCAAUUGGUCGACGACCCUUCAGCCAGGGACUUCAGAAGCACAUGGACCACGAAGUUAAAUUGCUGGUGGCUCGUGCUUACAGACACACAGAGAAAUUGAUAAUGGAUAACAGGGACAAACUUAAUACACUUGCAAAUGCACUUGUGGAGAGAGAAGUUCUAAAUUAUGAUGACAUUGAGUCACUUAUUGGGCCUCCACUCCUUGGCCCAAAGAAGAGAAUACCACCCCAGAGCUGGAUUGAAGCUGAGAAGGAUAAGCAAAAUACUGGAGAAAAUGAGCCUCCGGCAAGACCUCUUCAGUACAGUGACCAAAAUCUACAUCCUGUUUAAAAUGGCCAUUUGGAAAAGCUGAGGAAAAGGCUUUCCAUAUUUUCUUUGCACUAGAACAUGGAUUUGCGUGUUAUUUACUCCACCAGUAAAUGGAUGAUGAAUAAAAUUACCUUUGAAAAUCAUCUGUUCUGGUUUUAACGAAAAUACUUGGUCUGUGAUGUGUAAUUUAUGUUCAAGUGGCUAUUGUGAAUAUUUGUACAGCAAGAUGAUCCAUUUAAUAUUUUCCAUGUAAAAUGAGCUAUUGUACAUGUGCUUCUAAUCUCAAUGAAAAUUGUUAACUGAUCUAAGACCUUCCCAAGUUUUUACUAAAACAAUUUAGGACAUAUGGUUGAUAUAGAUAAUUUUAAUGACCUAAUUAAGGUAAUUUAUGACACUUUGAAAUACUGCAUAAAUAAAAUCUUUGUAUGACUUAGAUGAUUAAUAUGCACAUAUUUAUUAAAAAUCACAGUCUACCUUCAAAUGGAUCAAGUUAUGUCCUACAGCAGAGGUAAAAAGAUUCCAUUGCACAAUUCAGAAAAUAAAGGUAAAUUCUGUAUACUAGCUGAUAUUUAACCAGAAAUGCAGCCAUGUUGUGUUAAUGUUAAUUGAUCCCUGUCCAUUCAUACAAGGUACAGAUUAUGUACUGGGAGUUCUCACAAAUGCAAUAAUUCCCAUACUCAAAUACUUCAUUUGCUAUUAAUUACUCUGGACUGGUCUGAUGCUGUGGAAAUGCUUUCAUAAUUGCAGGCUAUUCUUUGACCACUGUGUUAGUUUUAUUACAAUUGCCUGAUUUUAACUACAAAAAUAACAUUCAGAUAUGUUCCAAAGAUAGUUUCCUAUAUAGGAUUGUUCAUCCACUUAUGAAAGAUUUCUCACCUAGUUUUUUUUUCUUGGGUGACAAGUAGCAAUAGUACAGCGAUACUAUAGAGCUAAUAUUUCAAAUUAGCAAGUUAAUAAUUACUUUCCUCCAAAUAUUCUCGUACUUGUUGCAUUUUUUGUCUGGUUAAGAUAUCCAGCAUGGAUAGUAUUUCAAAGUUGAAAGUAAAUUUAUUAUGAAAGUAAGUAUACAUCACUGUAUACAACCCUGAGAGUCAUCAUCUUGCAGGCAUACUCAAUAAAUCCAUAAUAGAAUCAGUGAAAAACCUCACCAACUGGGCAUUCAACCAGUGUGCAAAAGACUAAAUAUAAAAAGAUAGAGUAAUAAUAAACAAAUAUGCAAUGUAUUGAACAUGAGAUGAAGAGUCCUUGAAAAUGAGGGUAUAGGUUAUAGGAGCAUUUCAUUGAUGGGGCAGGUGAAGUAUUUGGUUCUUAGUUCAAAUCAUUUCCCUCCCUGAGCAAUGAAGAAAAAAAUCUCAUGUACUUUAUUUCUGAUUACGGAUUUGGGUUGGAAACUGUGUCUAUGAGUGGAUAUUGUCUCUGUAAUGUCCUAAAUUUGGAAAAUCUAUCAUAGACCAUUGCCUGGCUCUGUAUGAAAAUGCAUGGCACUUUGUAGCAAUGAAUUAGGGCGUAUUAAUAGUGGUGGGCACAGAUGCAUUAGUAGCCUUAGCCUUUAUUUGUUGACAGGAAUCUGGGAGCGACAGGGUUUAAGAACAGUAUAUCUCAAGGUGGGGAAUGGUAGGCUGGAGUAUUACAUUAAGUGUAAUUCCUGCCUCAGACUGAAUGGUUUGUAUGCUGUGUAAUGAAUGGAAGGGGUAUGAGAGCCUGCUAUGGAUUCUAACUUUCUCCUUCACUUCCAAAUGAUGUUGCAGUAGCAACAUCUCUGUAUUGUUUUCACACUGUAAGCCAUGGAUUUCACUUGGAGUAUUGUUUGCAGUGUUAUUCAGCAAAUUACACAAAUUAUUUUAUUUCUGAGUUCCAGGCUGGUGUGACCCAUCCUCAUUUGAUGUGAUUAGUCAGCAUAGGUUUUAUUUGUACUGAAUCCAAUCAAUAAAGGCCUCAAUCAAUAAAGAACAAUAUUUAUGUAUUGC